GCUGAGCGGACGCUUCGCGCAGGGAGGGGGAGCCAUCGCGUCACCGACAGCGUGAUGCCUCGCGCGCACACGGCUGUCUCGAGAAACCACUCAGUCCGGCCAAGCAUGUCGCUCCUGCGGCAACUUCUGCUCCCCAGAGACGGGAGGCUGCGAGGAUACCAGCGAGGUGACCCCCGAGGAACACCCGGGGACUCUGCUUAGAGACCGACAGCUGCAGAGGAGAUGUCUCCGGGGACGGGGUGCCCGAGGCUUCUCCUUCCUCUCCUCCUUCUUCUCCUCCUUCUUCUCCUCCUGGCUCGCGGAGUUCAAGCGCAGGUGGAAAACCGGGUGAUCUUCCUGCCGGGGACGUUCCAGAACGUGAGCGUCUCGCGGAACGAGACGGUGCAGGCCGUGGUGUCCCGGAUCCCUGCAGACGUGGCCUACGUCACCAUGCAGUUCCACACACAGCACCGCAACGCCACGCUCUCCUACAGCAGGAUGCCCGGCCUAGGCCCCUCCCUGACGGCGGUGGACCCGGGGCUCCUGACGGCUCUGGCGCCGAGCCAAGCGACCCUCUCCCUGUUCAUGUCUUCCCCGGAUGAGGACACCGUGGCGGGGACCGGGGUCAUCCUGCCGUACUCCAGCACCGAUCCAGUCCCUGGAGCUUGUAACCCGGAGGUCAACCUGGACAUCGACCCGAACGUCUACAUCCUCUACAACCUCUACGAGACCACCAUCCGCUUUGCCCCGGCCAACUUAGGCUACGAAAGGGGAGAAACUCCUCCGGCCUGCGACACAUCGACAGAACCGGACACACGCUGGCGGCUGCGGUACGACGUCUACCAGUACUUCCUGCCCGAGAGCGACCUGUCAGAGCGCAGCCUUUUCGCCGCCAUUCAGGCCGUGGCGGACGCCCAGGGCGCGGUGAAGAACGCCAAACGGGUCAUGACGCUGCUAUCGUCAGAUGCGAGCACGGCGGGGUUCAACUCCAUCCCCGGGCAGGGCGUCGUGUACUCGGUGGUGGUCAGAGACCCGCUGAGGAACACCUCGGCCUCCUACGUCCCCGCCCACACCUACGCCUGCAGCUUCGCCUCCACUCUGGACGGCUGUCACACACUCGGAAAGAUCUCUACAAAGAUGUUCUUCACCAUCGCUGGCUUGGCGGGCCUGUUUGUCUGUUUCUUCGGGCAUCGAUUCUUUAAAUGUGAGUUGUUUUGCAUGGGCUUCAGCUUUGCAACGUUUUUCUUCUUUGUGCUGAUCACAAGGACCACGGAUCUGGACUAUGACAUCUGUCUGGCCGUCUCCGUGGUGAUCGGCGUGUUGGGCGGGGUCCUCCUGGUGAUGAGCUGGUGGCGCUUCGGUUCCGUCAUGGCCUGCGUCGUCGUGGUUGGACUGAUGCUCGGCUUCCUGGUCGCCUCCACGGUCCUCUUCACGCCUCUCGGGGACCUCAACGUGCUCAGACGCUCCGAUGCCGUUUUCUGGUCGACCUUCUGCUGCAUCAUGGUCGCCGUUCCGCUCUUCUUCGUGCGGUGGCCCAGAGAGGGAAACAUCGUCACGUGCGGCGCCGUCGGUGCUUACGCCGUGAUUCUGGCCGUCAACGCCUACAUCUACACCAGCCUGUCCUUCAUCACUCUGAACAUCCUCAAGCGCUUCCUCAACGACAACUUCAGCGCCGUGUUCACGGACGUGCCCUUCCAAGCCGCAGACUACGUCAUGAUCACGUUGUGGGUGGUGCUCGCCGUCUGCGGCGUCGUCCUGCAGCUGUACCGCGAGCGCACGCGCCCCUUCUUCCCGCCCAGCCCGUACCUCAUGUGGCUGCAGGAGCGCGAGCGGCGCAAGACCAACGUCCUCGACCCGAGCUACCACUUCCCGCCGCUGCGCAACCGCCUGCUGGCCCGAGCGCGGCAGCUCACCAGGAGGAUGGAGCCGGCCGGGGAGCACACGCCUCUGCUGCUGUGAGCCUCACAACUGUCUGUGGAACGCUGAGCCCAGGUCACCUGACUGGAAGACGGUCCCGGUAGGACGUGGUCACGAGUGGGCACUUUUUUAAAAAGCAAUAAGGUUUUUGUACAAAAGACUGUGACCUUUUUUUUCCCUGAACGCCACUUUUAUUUAACUCUUAAAUGACAUUUGAAAAAAAUCACAGAUUGUGUUCAAGAUGGUUCUUUUCUUUGAAGGUGUAAAAUGUAGCUGUAGAUGCUUUUCGAUGUUUGUCUGGGAUGUUCUCAAGGUACUGCUGGCGUCACGCAGGUCAGGAACCUGAAGACGAUCCUCACAAACAAGCCACAAAAUGUUUGCCUUCAUACAGGAGACAAAUACGUCACUGUGUCUGUUUUAACCUUUUGCUUUCAUGUUUGUCUUUGUUAUUUUCACACUGGAUUUUAUUGUACUCACUAGUUCUCAUUGAUUACCUCUUAAAUCUAUGAACGUUUUUAAACUGGUUUGUGCCGGGACUUUUCUCAGGGUUUCGCGCUCAGCUUUAAGACAUCAAUGCACAGAGACCACUCUUCGUCUUCAACCCUGUAAAUGCUUAUUUCGGUGUUUUAUCUUAUUUUCCUUAAAAUACAAAAUACAAAAUCCCAAAGCAUCAUUGGACCUCAGCUCAGGACCCUGAAAUCAAAGCGCUAAAUGGAAUUCAGCCAUCAUUCAUAUUAGAAUUUAUACCUGUGCUUUAAUCUUCUGUGACAGAUCAAAACAUCCCAUGUACCCACUUCCUGUUACCGUCCACAAGAUUAAUCCCAGUUGAUAACACCGGAUGCCUUUUAAGACGGGGGUUGUCGCUGGUGUGUACUCUGCUGUACAGAGGAUGCCUUUUUAAAUGAAUCAUCCUCUACUGUUCUGUUUGAAUCGAAGUAGAAAAAAAAUCUAUUUAUUAUAAGACUAAUAAAAAAGAUGAUGGCUUGUGUG